AUGAGUUUAAAUUCAUUUCCUUUAAUAAAGUGGGAUUUGCCGAAAAACGAGGAUAUACCAUCCCAGCAGACACAGGACGCGUAUGGAGAAUGCAAUAAUGAAGCUUCAAAACAUACAGACAAACGUUUGUUAGAAGAACCGGAUAGUGAAUUUGUGCCAAAGCGUAUAAAAUAUUCAGAAGGCAUGACAAUAAAAUCAUUCUCUGAUACAUUUUUUCAUACUGGCAAACCGAACCUUUUUAACAAUCAGACAUCAUACUCAGACUCAUUCAUAGGAAAUAUUACAAUACGUGAAAGAACUCAGGUUAAUCCAUUGAAAGAAAUGUUACCAGGUAACUUAAGUAAACAUAAUGUUAUAAUACCGAUACCAGGUUUUGGAAGAAAAAUACAUAGUGAUAUAAUCACGCAUUCAGAAAAAAACUGGGGACAUGAGCAGUUUUUGAAUUUAAACACAGAUGCCCAGAAAGAUAAUUUCACUGAACUUUCGCAAAUUGAAAAUUCUAUUGUUUUAAAAAGAAAUGAAGUUCAAAAUGGCACUGAAUCAUUAGAAAUGGACUCAGAUAAAUUACCGGAAAAUAAUUCCAGUUAUAAUAAUGGCGAUAGAGAAAAUGUCUUUUUAAAUGAAGCAAUAAUACAAAACCAACCUUUUCUUAAAAUUCAUCAACAAAAUGAAGAUAAAUUUGAAUUUAUAAAAAAUACCAAAUCAACUGUUGAAAACGAAUUUAGUUUUCUUCAAUACAAGGUAUAUAACAAAGACGGUGAUUUUGUAAAUUCUUCAUACAAUGAAAACAGGAAUCUACAUGGGUUAAUGUAUUUGCAUAACAUUAAUAUAUGUACAGAACUCUUUAGUAUUAUGCUUACUUUUCAUAGAAAUGAAGGUCAUAAAGUUAUAUUUAAAGAAGAAAAGUUAUUAAAACGGUUUUCAAAUUCUGACGAGUUGGCUGGAACAAGCUUUAGCUCAGUGAUGGCAAUCACUUUGAAACUGUCGAUGGAAUGUGAAGAAUUGACAGAAACUCUUACAAAAGAAAUGUCACUUUCAGACAGUUCUCUUCCAAUUCAUCAAUCGGAUGUUCACAUAAUGGAUUCACCAUUCCCUUUCAAAACAAAUGACACAGAUAUCAACAUGAAAAUGAUAAAUUUUGCUUCUAAAGAAAAUGAACAAGAAAAUGAAAAUGAUACCAGUGAACAAUUUAUAGAUAAUUCAAUUGUUGAAAUGAUAAAAAAUAUUAAAACUCUAAGGGUCAAAUCAGAACAGGAAUACAUGACUCCUGAAAUCAAGGAAAAAUAUCCAUUAACUAUAAAAGACUUUGUAUGGUAA